UCCGCAGCUUGUAACAUUUGUAAAUUUGAGUAAAUGUUCUAUGCAGGCAUUCUUUUAUCUCAUCUGAAAACUGGAUUUGUUUGUAUUUGGUAUUUGAAUUUGCACUAUUUAUUGUAAUUACAUCAAGGAAUAUUUAUGCAGUGUUACAUUUGCGUUGUGAGAUUAGUGCCUAACGAACAUAAGCUUUAUUGCACUGUUGGAUGUUAAACAUGGUGGUGCGAUUUGGUCAGUGCUGAUACGGAUAACAAACUUUGUAUCGUUGUUACGUGCAAGGUUGCUGUUUGUUCAUAUUGCAUUUCGGAAUCCUGUGUGUCAUCUAUUUAGUAAUUUCCUAAAAAUGAGUGUCGAUGCAUAUGGCCCAAGCUCUCAAACGUUAACUUUUUUGGAUCCUGAAGAAGGAAAUGAUUUAUUGGGUGCUGAUACUCAGGGUUCUGAUUUCGAAUUCACAGAUUUUUCUUUGCCAUCUCAAACGCAAGCUUCUCAGAUUGAGCAGACGCAAAGUCAGUCAUCUAGAAGCCAGUUAAAUGGACCAGAUUUGUCGUUGCCAAAUGGAUUAGACAGAGAUGUUUGCUCAACAACUCAAAGCUUAGGAGAACUAACAUUUCAGGAAGAGGAAGAAGAUCAGUAUUAUACUAAAGAUUUGCCUGAACAUGCGUGCAAAUAUUGUGGAAUUCAUGAUCCAAGUUGUGUCGUUCAAUGUAAUAUUUGUAAGAGGUGGUUCUGUAAUGGAAGAGGAAACACAUCUGGAAGCCAUAUAAUAAAUCACUUGGUUAGAGCCAAACAUAAAGAAGUAACUUUGCACAAAGAUGGGCCUCUUGGUGAAACAGUUUUGGAAUGUUACAGUUGUGGCUGUCGGAAUGUUUUUGUGCUUGGAUUUAUACCUGCAAAAGCCGAUUCUGUUGUUGUUCUCCUCUGUAGACAGCCUUGUGCUGCUCAAAGCAGUUUAAAAGAUAUGAAUUGGGAUCCAGAUCAAUGGAAACCUUUAAUAAGUGAUCGUAGCUUUUUGGCAUGGCUGGUUAAAGUUCCCCAGGAGCAGGAGCAACUAAGAGCUCGGCAAGUCACAGCCCCUCAAAUCAAUAAAUUAGAAGAAUUGUGGAAGGAUAAUGUUGAUGCAUCAUUUGAAGAUUUAGAGAAGCCUGGAGUUGAUGAAGAACCUCAACAAGUUCUGUUAAGAUAUGAAGAUGGAUACCAAUAUCAAAAUAUAUUUGGGCCAUUGGUCAAAAUGGAGGCUGAUUAUGACAAAAAGCUUAAAGAAUCUCAAACUCAAGAUAAUAUUGAAGUCAGAUGGGAUAUUGGCUUAAAUAAGAAAAUUAUUUCAUAUUUCACUAUUGCCAAGUCUGAUACAGAUAUGCGCUUAAUGCAUGGAGAUGAACUAAGGCUGCGUUACUUGGGGGAACUGCAUAAGCCUUGGUCAGGUGUUGGCCAUGUCAUAAAAAUUCCUGAUAAUUAUAGUGAAGAAGUUGGCAUCGAAAUGAAAACCAAUCUUGGGGUACCAACUGAUUGCACCUCUAACUUUGUUGUGGAUUUUGUCUGGAAGUCUACGUCAUUUGACAGGAUGCAAGCUGCUCUGAGGAAAUUUGCCGUUGAUGAGACAUCAGUUUCUGCUUACAUUUAUCAUAAACUGUUAGGGCACGAAGUUGAAGAUGUUUUGAUGAGAUGUCAAUUACCCAAACAUUUUUCUGCUCCUAACUUGCCUGAACUUAACAGAUCCCAAGUGUAUGCUGUUAAACAUGCUUUGCAAAGACCUUUAUCUCUAAUUCAAGGUCCUCCUGGUACAGGGAAAACAGUUACUUCUGCUACAAUUGUUUAUCAUUUGGUUCGACAAAGUAAUGGUCCUGUUUUGGUUUGUGCUCCCAGCAAUAUCGCUGUUGAUCAAUUGACUGAGAAGAUUCAUCGAACUGGGUUGAAGGUUGUCAGAUUAUGUGCCAAAAGUCGUGAAGCCAUCAAUUCACCAGUUUCCUUUUUAGCAUUGCACAAUCAGAUUCGCAAUUUGGAAGGGCAUUCUGAAUUGCACAAACUACAACAACUAAAAGAUGAAACUGGUGAGCUUUCCUCUGCUGAUGAGAAAAGGUAUCGAAUGUUGAAAAAAGCAUGUGAAAAGGAGUUAUUAGAGGCUGCUGAUGUCAUAUGUUGCACAUGUGUUGGUGCUGGUGAUCCUCGACUAGCAAGAUUUAAAUUUUAUUCAAUCUUAAUUGAUGAAAGUAUGCAAGCUACUGAACCAGAAUGCAUGGUUCCUGUUGUUUUAGGUGCCAAGCAAUUGAUACUUGUUGGAGACCAUUGUCAACUUGGGCCGGUAGUUAUGUGUAAGAAAGCUGCUCGAGCUGGACUUUCCCAAUCCUUAUUUGAAAGAUUAGUUGUUUUAGGAAUUCGUCCUUUGAGAUUGGAAGUUCAGUAUCGAAUGCAUCCUCAAUUAAGCAAGUUUCCAUCCAAUUUCUUUUAUGAAGGAUCUCUUCAAAAUGGUGUUUAUGCAGAUGAAAGGAAAAUGAAAGGAGUUGACUUUCCGUGGCCUCAGCCCGACAAGCCAAUGUUUUUUUAUGCAUGCCAAGGACAAGAGGAAAUUGCUGGCUCUGGAACUUCUUAUUUAAAUAGAACUGAAGCAGCUUUGGUUGAAAGACUUACUACAAGGUUUUUGAAAUGCAGUGUCAAACCUGAGCAGAUUGGAAUAAUUACUCCAUAUGAAGGACAAAGAGCGUAUUUAGUGCAAUAUAUGCAAUAUAAUGGAUCACUUCAUGCAAAACUCUAUCAGGAUAUAGAAGUUGCCAGUGUUGAUGCCUUUCAAGGACGAGAAAAGGACUUGAUUAUUAUGUCCUGUGUACGAUCUAAUGAACAUCAGGGGAUUGGAUUUUUGAAUGAUCCUAGACGUUUAAAUGUUGCUCUUACAAGAGCUAGAUAUGGCAUAAUAAUUGUUGGGAACCCUAAAGUUUUGUCCAAACAAACAUUGUGGAAUCACUUGCUGACAUUUUACAAGGAAAAUAAAGUUCUUGUUGAAGGGCCCUUGAAUAAUUUAAAGGAAAGCAUGAUUCAAUUCAGUAAACCUAGAAAGUUGAUUAAUACCAUCAACCCGGGCACUCACUUCAUGAAUACUGCUAUGUAUGAUGCUCGUGAAGCUAUGAUUCCUGGAAGUGUUUAUGAUCGCUCUUCUCACAUGAAUGGAGGUCCAGCAUACUUUAAUCGACCUCACGAUCAAAUUUCUUACAUAAGUCCCGAGAGAGCACAGAGUGCAGUUGCAAAUCUUCCUGUUCCUGUUGGAAUGUUCUUAAAUAUGGCUCACAUACCACCAAGGUUCUACAACCAACACCAGCAAGCUUUACAAGCUCGACAAAAUCAAAGAAAUCGUAGUGCAACUCGAAAAGGAGGAGGAAGACAAAGCACUAAUGGUCGUAAUAUGGCUAAUGGAGCAUCUUUGAAUCUAUCCCAAACAGGAUUUAACAGUCAAGCAAGUCAGGAUUUGAUGGGUGGUUUCUCGCAAGGUCCCCUCACUCAAGGUCAGUUAAGCAUGAGUCAGAUGAGUCAACCUAAUUAUCCUGGACUAUCACAACCUGGUUUGUCACAGCCUGAGCUAUCACAAGACACUUAUCUUGUUGAUGAACUUCGCUCUCAGACAGAAGGGAUGCUGUCUCAAGACUCCACUUAUCAAGGGGAUAGGGCUUACUUUGCCGCAUCCCAAGGUGGGCAGUUUUCGCAGCCGUAUUGAAAUAAAGGAUGAGCCUAGAUCAGUGGGGCCUGCAAGCCACUGGUGUUACUUACACAAAGCAGAAAGUAGCUCAUAUCUGCUACAGAGAAUGAGAGAAACAAAUAAAAACAUCCACUCUACCACAAGAAGGAAGGCGUUGAUGGUGUUGAUGUGUCCAGUUAAGAUUCCUGCCGGCUGAAAAGUUGUCUACGGCGGUCUCGAAUGGGCCGAGACGAGAAACCGAAGCAAUCCCGAGGAGCGAGAAUUGCUCUGCAGACUGAGCUAAGAAAUCGAGUUGAGUUAACGAAUCUCUGAGUCGCCCUCCUGGUGGAAGCUUAAGAGGAAGUGCUUCGUGAGCUGGCAUUUGCGUGAGGGUCUGGACAUAUUCACACGGCUAGUGAUCAUUCAACCUGUAUCAUCUAAUUCUUUAAUUUUUUUUUUUAAACUUUUGCUUAUGUGAUUUUCUUUUGUAUUUUUCUCCCCCCUUUUUUUUUUGUUAAUUUUGUUUUAAUGGUUAAAUGUUAUGAGCAUAUUUUUGUGAAUUGGCUUUAUUUUUGUGAAUGUUUCUAAAGAGUUGGCAGGGACCACUGGGCACUAAACAGUAGGACAAGGCUCUGUUCCAGCCAGUUUCUCACUUUGGUUGAAUGGAGCUAAUAGCUAUUUCAGUGCUGACCUAAUAAUAUGGAAAAAUGGUCAAAACCUUUAAGUGUACAUAUGUGUAAAAUCCAAACUUGAGCAUGUAGCACAUUUGUUUAUACCUUUUAAUACAAAUGUGUUUUAUUUUCAAUCAUACAUGGUUUUCAGAGACAACACUGCACGCAAAAGAUAGCUGCUGCAAUAAUCUUUAAUUUAACACUAGAAGCUCUUGAGAGAGUACAAACUUUUAACAACUUUUUGUAUAGUACUGUCGUGUCCAAGUAUUCUUAUGUUUGGCUUUAAGUUCUUAAUUGGAAUACAAAAAAAAUAAAGCCUAAAUUAAUUUCAUAGUAAGCGUAAAUUUUCAUAUGUAGAUUUUUGCUUUUGCUAUUCAAAUGUGAAUAAUUAUUUUAAUCUCAUUUUAAUCUUGAUAUUUGUUUGCCUAGUCAAAAUUUCUUGAGUAGAAAAUAUGCUUUUUAAAUUUCAAAUGACCAUUGUGAAUUUGUUUUACAAAAUAAAGCUUCUAUCAUACAUUUGAAUGUGAUGAAAUUCAAAUAAAAUUUAACUUCCUUAA